UCUGUAGUCAUCAUAUCGCUGCCUGCAUGAGCAUACGUGGUAGCGUCGGACACGCGAGACUGAGUGAGCAGGCAAACGCAUCUUGAAAUUGUGCCCGACAUCUCGUCGUCGCGGUCUGCGAGGACUCUGUCACCCAAAGUUUAUGGCUUCGAAAUAUUGAAAACUUCUUUCUCAUUCAUCAUGAGUUUUGGAUGGUCGGUGGGAGAUGUCAUUUCUGGGCUCAAAGUGGUCUGGGAUAUUUGGCAAGCGGUUUCUGAUGGCCCUCUUAACGCCCGUUUCGAAGCUGCACAAUUCUUCGAUGAGUACGUUCAUAUUAUGAGCCGUCUGGAAAAAUGGGAAAGUCGCAAAGCAGCGUUUUCAAAAGAUGAGCUGCUCGCGAAAUCACAACGACAACUUCGAGAGCAGUGCACGCUGUUUCUCAAGAACCAUAUCAGAUUAAUACAAGAAGUCAACCCAAACACAAUAGCGAAACGGGAAGGGAGGUCAACUUGGCUGAAAAAGGUUCCAUUCUCGACGGAUCAAAUACUUGCAUUGUAUCAGCAAGUUGAGUGGCCUCUUGAGCGCCAGGUAGUGGCUAAGCUUCGAAUCAAAUUGCAAUUCUUUCUCGAUGUGGCUAGCUUCGAUGUUGCACUAGAUACUAAUGAUACGAUUCAUCAAAUGAGGACUGAGAAUGUGGACCUGAUGUCCUCAAAUCUGAAAUUGGUUACUUCACACCUUGAAUUAGUCUCACUUGUCAAAGACAAUCUCAGACGUAUCACCAACCCACUUGAGCCGGGACGUCAAGCAUCAGAGAUUGACUAUCCCAUGUUACGGCAAUUUGACCAGGCCCUCCGUGUUCCUCAAGCGUUGCCGAGACCCCAGCCGAUGCUCGCGAUUGAAGCGGGACAAGUCCGACCAGUACCAUGGGAGCAAACCCGGAGCGCGUCCCAGCUUGUAGAUGCUCAGUAUGCUGUCGCUCAGCCAGUGACUUCUGCUGCACAAAACGCAAAUGGUGUCGAUCACAACGACAUCCGAGACCUCAUCGAACGGCGACUUGACAAUCUGUCUAUGAGAGUGAAAAGAGUCGAAACACUUGAGACCAUAUCCGAAAAUGAAGCGGACGAAGACGCAUCUAUUCAGUCGCUUCUUGAGCAUCUCAAACUCAUGCGAGGCCGCAUUGGCAAUGCUGUUGGUGUUUUGAGACGCCAAAGCUCGCAAAACGGUCUGUCUCUGAUGGUCAAUAACCCAGAAGGUGCUCUCAAAGCGGAACUGGAAGCUUGGGAUCUGUUAGAGUCUCGAAUGGAGCGAGAGAUCUUACAUCCUCCACAUCCAGUCCGACGACAAAUUGCUGCGACGUCAAUCCAGCAAAAUGGUCCAACAAGACCAAUGGACAUUCCUCGAAGGCAAACACUUUCACCUCGAGCUCAAUAUGAUGGCUUGCCAGGUUCUAUGAGCAGCAGUCCUGAUAAUAGUCGCGGUUCUUUCUCAUCGUCGCCAACGCAGUCUCGACCGAUAUCGCACUCUAGAAGUGGUUCUCACUCGUCGCAAUCUCGCCCUGUGUCAAUUCGUUUAGACCAGUUCAUUCCUGUAACAUUAUACGCUUCAGAGUACACCUUUAAUGGAAUAAUACAUACUCUAAGAAGAAAUGCCGAAGGAGAGGUUGAAAAAAUCAUAGCUUUCAGCAACGACGGAAAUUUCAAAGUGUACCAUUCGAUCGACUUUCAAACACCAGCUCCGGUGGAAACCACCAUGAAACCAUUUCUAGACAAUCGCCAUGUCUGCCCAGACGAGGCUCACAAAUGGCGAGUACAAUUUAAAGGAGCUCACCAUCUAAAAAUCAUGACGGUUUCUGGAACUCAAGAAGAGAAGCUAUUUGGCUCGAUGCAUUCUCCACCAAUAUACAGAUUCAACAAUGAUAAUGAUUUCAAGGAGUUUCAACGUCUACUCUUGAAUAAGGAGGUAAAAUAUCUAUGCGACGUGUGCCGCAUCGAUCCUACCACUGGGUCUAAACAUUCUCAAUGCCAUCUGGGCACCAUCCGAAUACUCCUCGAUCCUUUCUCUAAGACACGAUCUAUUCUUUAUUUCCGCCACACACCUGAACAUAAAGGAUUUGUGGAAUGGCCAGUAAACAAUUUCAAACCUCCUCGCGAGCCUACAAAGAAAUCCAAACUUCUCACUCUUCACAGCCUAGACGAUAAGCCUCUCUCGCAAUCUAGGAAUUUGGCUCGGCGCAGUACCUCUGGCAGUGUCGCCACGAUGGCUUCAUUCGAAACGCAGCCGGGAAAUGCACUUGCUAGAAACCAGGAUAAGACAAACUUGAAGGGACUGGUCAUUGAAUUCCAUAGCAGUACAGAUUGUCAUACCUUUUGGAGCGAGUUUAAUACAAAAGAGACAACGUUUCAGUUAGACCUCGAUCUUCAUGGAGAUUUGAAUCAAGAGAACGGUCUCGGUCUGGAUUUUGGUAGUCGCAGCCCAAGUUGAGUGACAUUUCUGGGAGUGAUAAACAAUGCAACACAGAAUGGGACAGUGGACGCAAGGACCGUUAGAUCUGCGGGACGAAUCUAGAUUGAAAGUCAGGACACCAAAACCAGCUGCAGCACAGCCAAUCAACCUGAGUUACGGGAACUGCUUCAUAAAAUUAUGAUGGAAGAGGUACCCAGGCUGAGUAGAUUGAAGGUCAAGUCAAGAGAUGGAUCGAAAGUUUGGGUCCUAAAAUCUGUUGCCUGGACGCUAAUCGUCAUCCCACAGAGAAAUUAUGGCUGUGUCAAUCACAUGA